AUGUAUCGCGAGUCCGACUAUGAUAUUCCCCUUACAAAUGAUGUUCCUGCCCUGGCCGAUAGCAUGACGAAGUAUGUGCAUCGCGAGGUAACUUUUCAGAUCGGUGGACAUGUCGAACGAAUUGAAGAGAGGCUGGAUACCCAAAGUAGUGACAUUAAUGCUCUACAACAGGAUAGUGCCAAGAAUGCGCGUAUUUUGAAGAAUGAAACCGUUGUGGCUGUGGAGCACAAUUUUAAUCAAAAGGUUGACAAAUUGGAAGAGGAGUAUACUAAGAAGCAUGAAAAGCUGAAGGAAGAUAUGCAGGGCAUAGUGGACCAAACAGUUAACUCAGCAAUCGAUGACCUUCGAAAAACUUUGCAAGCACAAAGCACACAGGCCACACAGCCACCGACGCGAUUGCCACAAGCCGCCGUACAAGCCCAUGAGAAGCGGACAGACGACAGGGGACCUCAGCACCCAAAGCCGCAGGCCCAAAGGAAAUCGCAACUUCCGCCCGACAGCAAAGAGCCUUCUACCCAGUCUAGACUGCAAAUUCGCCCAAGAGAAGGAUCCUCCAAUAAAGAUCUAUCUACCCAAUCUAGACUUCCCAAACCCUCUCUACCCAUGCGGAUACUAUCCUCUGGUAGUGAUUCAUCUACCCAACGUAGAUCACCCUCUCUGCCUAUUCGUCCAAAAGGCCUUAAUCAAGAAACCACACUCAUGCGAGGAUCUACCCAACGUAGAUCACCCUCUCAGCCUAUUCGCCCAAAAGGUCUUAAUCAAGAGACCGCACUCCGUAACCACCCAGAAACGUUAGAUGUAGCUAUGUUCAAACAGUAUCUGGCUCAUGAAAACCUUCACCUCAAAAUUUGCACAAUUUUACCUCCGAUACAGGCUGCUUGCCGUGCCUACCUCGCGUGCAAAACCUCCCAAUCUAAGGAUAGAAAGCAUCACCUAGCCGGGUGGCGUCAAUACCUGAUGAACCAGCCAGCCUCCUUGAUCUCUCUUCAAGCCGCUGUCCGCGGCUGGUCAGCUGUCCUUCGGACUGCUCUUACAUGCCGAUCCAAGGCUAGGAAGCAGCGUCAGCUGGCCGAAUGGCGCCAAUACCUGAUAGCCGGGCCAGCCCUUUUAAUUUCCCUUCAAACCACCAUCCGCGGCUGGCCUGGUAGCCUCAUCUUCCUUCAAGCAGUCCUCUGGACCGCUCUUAUGUGCCAGUCCUUGGGUAGAAAGCAGCAUCAGCUGGCCCAAUGGCGUCAACACCCGGUGGCCCAAUCGGCCCUAAUCCCGCUUCAAACUGCCAUUCGUGGCCGAUUAGCAAGAUUUGCCAAUGACGGAAGGCGACAUCAACUUGGUGAUUUGUGCCGUUACUUAGUCGAUAAUCCGGCGAGUCUCGUCUCCCUUCAAGCAACUCUCCGGACCGCUCUUAUGCGCCAAUCCAUGGAUAGAAAACAGCGGCAGCUGACCCAGUGGCGUCAAUAUCUAAUAGCCCAACCAGGUUUCUUGACAUCCUUUCAAACUGCCAUCCACGGUUGGUUAGCAAGAUCUGCCAGUGAGAGAAAGUUGGGUGACUGGCGUCGUUAUUCGGUUAGGCUCGACUUCCUUGUCUCCUUUCAAGCCGUUCUCCGGACUGCUCUCACACGACGCCGAUUCCAACGUUUGCGCCUCAAAUUCAUACCAGUCCACCUUUUUCACUUCUCUGCCAUCAUUCAAGAAGCUCUCCGUGGAAAUCAAGUUGGACAAUUCACCAGCCUUCUAUUUCUGCUUUUCCCCUAUGUAGAACGAUAUUUGCGAAUGAGAGCAGAAGCAUAUCUUUGGUGCUUUAUCAUUGCUGUUUGGGGUCUAAAGUCUUAUAUACAGGUGUCCAUCUGUCAUAUUUGGAGCAGCAUAUGUGUAUGGGGCUUUUACUGUCCUACCGCUCCCAUGAUGGAUAUUUUUCGAAAACCAUACUUUGGAAGGACGACUCCAUCUCGACUUAGUUUGGGAGGCUUUGCUAUCAUUUUCACCCUCUUUUGGUUUACCCUCUGGUAUCAAACGAAAUCUAGGAGGAGGGCUGCGCGCUUCUCGUUGGGCCAUUUGCCACGUUACACGUACUUAACGCUGGCACCUGAGUUGAUCGAUGUGUCGCUUUCUUCCUAUAGUAAGAGGCUCUCACCUAUCGACCCAACGCCCAUCAAUGUCGCCAUCGCUGGAAGGCGAAAGGUCGACGGCGGAUUUGAGGAGAUGGCGAAGGUCAUGAUGCGACCUUGCGGUCUUUGGUUUUGCUACAGGGAUACUCUUUUUGGAACUGGACUACGUACACCGUGCGACAUCCAAGAGCUGGAAUUCCGUAAACCUCUUGACGGUGGCGCGUGGAAGACUCAGGAAGUCGUAACACGGUACAACAUUCCCGAACCUGAGGUGGCAGAACCAGCCACUGUCUAUAAUACAGUGAUCUACUCUCCUCUCAGGGCAUCUGUAGCCGAAGGCCGUCCAACCCCCUCAAUCUCCUCCAGAUUUUUUGAUGACACAACCCCGAAAAUCCUUCAAAAAUACAUAUAUCUUGCUGCCUCCGUUGUUGCCCUCCUUCUUGCGGCGUACUGUCUCAGUAAGCUAUUUUCUGCUGUCCGAGAAGAUGUGUUAAGCCUAGCAGCCGAGUAUUCCUUCUGGUUGAAAUUAUUCGCUGAAGUGAUGGCCGAUUGGUGUAACAUUUUUGUCGAGAAGAUCACCUGGAAAACCACGGCAUUUUUGCUCGUCAUCCUUUCAGCCGCCCCUUUCCUAGUGGCUCAGUAA